UUAAGCAAAAGUGGGGCAUACUAUACAAUACUGUCCUUGUCUCUCUCGCCUCUCCAUAGUUCAGAACCCAAAAAAGGCAAACCUGUAAAUCGUACGAACAAGUUCGAUUCCGGCAUCUUCGAUACCUUCACAAGUCUUCCAUCUCUGCCUAAGAAUCUAUGCAACCGUAUCGUCGCCUCUACUUCUGUCAGCAUUUGAUUUUUUUUUUCAGUUCCAAUUAAACAGAUCUGUUCGUUACUCCAUCAUUUUCAGAAAUAUGAUAUUUAAGAUUUUGCAGAAAAACUUAUAAUUCUGGAGAGAAUCAUGUUUGUGGUUGGGUCAAAGAAUUUGGGAUCUCAAAUUAGCAUGCUUGAUGUUUAUUAGAAAGAACAACAUGGGUCGAGCAUCUACACCUCUCUUGAUUCUAAUAGCUCUUGGUUUCUUCUUUGGUACCUAUAAUUUGGUGACUCUGGUAAUUCACCAUACAAGUGAUUCCCUGAAAUUAGGGGACAAUGGUUCAGAGUGGUUUCAUGAUGCCAUUAGAAGCAUGACAGAAAAAAAGAAUUUAAAAUACCAUGUUGCCCUUACAGCUACAGAUGCACCUUAUAGCAAAUGGCAGUGUAGGAUUAUGUAUUAUUGGUAUAAAAAGGUGAAGGACUUACCUGGAUCAGAUAUGGGAGGUUUCACUAGGGUUUUGCAUUCGGGAAGCUCUGAUAAUUUGAUGGAGGAGAUUCCAACUUUUGUGGUUGAUCCUCUUCCUGAUGGGCUUGAUCGGGGUUACGUUGUGUUAAACAGACCUUGGGCUUUUGUGCAAUGGUUAGAAAGAGCAACAAUCGAGGAAGAAUACAUUCUAAUGGCAGAACCUGAUCACAUAUUUGUAAACCCUUUGCCAAAUUUGGCACGUGGAGAGCAUCCAGCUGGAUUCCCAUUUUUUUACAUAAAACCAGCUGAAAAUGAGAAAGUCAUGAGGAAAUUUUAUCCAAUGGAGAAAGGUCCUAUCACAAAUAUUGAUCCAAUUGGCAAUUCUCCAGUCAUUAUUAGCAAGCAUGUUUUGGAGAAAAUUGCCCCCACAUGGAUGAAUAUUUCAUUGAGAAUGAAAGAUGACCUGGAGACUGAUAAAGCCUUUGGGUGGGUACUGGAAAUGUAUGCCUAUGCAGUGGCUUCUGCAUUGCACAAUGUCCGGCAUAUUCUUCGUAAAGACUUGAUGUUGCAGCCUCCAUGGGACGGAGAAGUUGGAAAGAAGUUCAUUAUCCAUUACACGUAUGGUUGUGAUUACAACAUGAAGGGAGAGUUAACUUAUGGGAAGAUUGGGGAAUGGCGUUUUGACAAAAGGUCAUAUCUUCGUGACCCUCCACCCAGAAACCUCCCUUUGCCUCCUCCAGGAGUUCCUCAAAGUGUCGUAAGACUAGUGAAGAUGGUGAACGAAGCCUCCGCUAACAUUCCUGGAUGGGACAAAUUAAAUAGUUGAGAUGUCAGAUAGAUAAUUAUUAAUUAGCAGAUCUGCAUAUCCUACUUUUGGUGCAUUCAUACACCUACGUAUAUAUCACAUCACAUCACAUCACAGAUAAGAUAACCUACUUUAGAAUCCGCAAAUUUUAAGGCUUCUUUAUGCUACAACAUAUUUUUGGCACCCAUGAUCUGAUAUGAUAUGAUUAAACAA